AAAUUGAAAGCCCAGUGAAUCAAACGUCAUCAACGCGCGGCAAUCACUGCCCUUAAAUACAAGAUCUCACAAGAAACCCAGGAACCAGCGACCCUUUCUUCUUAAUGCAAUUACUUGCAAGAUGGGUAAAGGAAUAUGGAUUCACUGGGCGAUCAUGGCGCUUCACGUCGUCGCCAUUCUCUUAUUCACCAGAGGCUUUCUUCUCACCCGGACGGAGCUUCCCUUUUACAGCAACUGCUCCGACGCUUCCCAAUCGCCUUGCUCAUACUCCGUUCCAGAAACCCUGAACCGAAAUGACACCGUUGAGCCGAAUCAGCAGCGUUGCUGGAGCAAGCCUGCUGUUGGGCGGCUUGUAAUCAUCGUUUUCGACGCUCUCAGGUUUGAUUUUGUAGCUCCGAGUACUUUCUUUCAAGAAUUGAAGCCAUGGAUGAACAAAUUACAGCUUGUACAAGACCUUGCAGCUAGAAAUGCAUCGUCUGCUCGGAUUUUCAAAGCCAUUGCUGAUCCGCCCACGACGAGUUUGCAGCGUUUGAAGGGCUUGACAACUGGUGGAUUGCCGACUUUUAUUGAUGUUGGGAACAGCUUUGGUGCUCCAGCUAUAGUUGAAGAUAACUUGAUACAUCAAGUUGCUCUCUCCCCCUCCCAUGAUUUUACUUGGCAUAAUUUCUUGUAUUGGAUAGUAAUUCUUUUUUUUUCAAAUUGUAUAACUUCUUAUUGUUGCCAAUCUGAAACGUGGACCUACUUGCAGUUGGCUAAAAAUGGAAAGCGAGUUGUGAUGAUGGGGGAUGAUACAUGGACGCAGUUGUUUCCUCAUCACUUUGAAAAAUCUUUUCCUUACCCCUCUUUUAAUGUUAGAGAUCUUGAUACGGUGGACAGCGGAUGCAUUGACCACCUUCUUCCAUUCUUGUACCAAGAAGAUUGGGAUGUUCUUAUCGCACACUUUCUUGGAGUGGAUCAUGCUGGGCACAUAUUUGGGGUUGAUUCUGUGCAAAUGAUAGAAAAGUUGGAGCAAUACAACAACGUCUUGCUGAAAGUAGUUGAAGCACUGGAGAGGCAGUCUGCGCCAGGGGGCUUACAUGAAAAUACUCUGCUACUUGUGAUGGGCGAUCAUGGUCAGACUGUGAAUGGAGAUCAUGGUGGAGGAAGUGCUGAAGAGGUUGAGACAUCAAUGUUUGCUGUGAGCUUUAAGAAUCCUCCAUCUCCCAUACUAUUAGAGUUUGAUACUUCAUCAUGUGAACUAGACUUGGAUGGGAGGAAUAUUUGUGCCAGUUCCUUCCAGCAGCUUGACUUUGCAGUGACAAUAUCAGCGCUUCUUGGUAUCCCCUUUCCUUUUGGAAGUAUUGGGCAAGUUAAUCCUCAGCUAUAUGCUUUAGGUGCUGGAACAUGGAAUUUUGAAGAUAGUGUGGGCAAUUCCCAAAGUCAUUCAAAGUUGGAACAAUGGAUGCUGAAUUAUGCCAAUAUUCUCUGCACCAAUUCUUGGCAGGUAAAAAGAUAUAUAGAUAUUUAUUCAGCUUCAGCAGUUAUUGGAUUUUCCCACGAAGACUUGUUACACAUAGCAGGCAUGUAUGCUAAAGCAGAGGAGAAAUGGUCACAUGCUACAAAGAAAUUGCUUUCACGUGAAAAGGAAGGCCAGAAUGAAUUAUUGCCUGCUCUUAAGAGGCAAAUUGAUUUGUAUUCUGAUUUCCUGGCAAGUGUUGCUGAACUUGCACGCUCCAAAUGGACUGAGUUUAAUUUAAAGAUGAUGGGUGCUGGACUUGGCAUUAUGUUGAUGUCACUUCUUAUGCAUUUCAUUGCAAUUAAGAAAGUGAAAGAGCAAUAUGGUUUUUCUUUUACUUCAUCUGGAGAUUCUGGGAUAUCCUUCGGUUUAGUUUUUUCUUGUUUUAUGGUGGUGAUGCGUGCAUGCAGCUUCCUCUCGAAUAGUUUUAUCUUGGAAGAAGGAAAAGCGGCAUGCUUUCUUUUGGCCACAACUGGACUGAUUAAGAUGCGAUAUUCAAUCAUGAAGAAGAAGAUGAUAUUAGAAGCAUUUGUUUUCCUUCUUCUGAUCACCAUUUGCAGAUUUACUAUUGAAGUUGGAAUGUCAAAGCAGGCUCCUAGUUCUGAAAUUAUUAAUGCAUAUCCUUCGUGGAUGCUCAGGAUCACUGCAGGGUUUCCAGUUUGGAAUAUUCUCGCUGAAGUUUUACCAGUAGUUGCCCUGAUUCUAUUGGCAAUCUUGCUGCGCAAGGCUAUUACUGGAAGCUCUUCUGAGGGGAUUUGGAAGUAUAUUGUCAUAGGAACCAAUAUAAGUUAUAUACUAAUAGCAGUGCAUUGGGCUUCAGAAAGUAACAUAUUGAAUCUGGAUGAGGUGCUUAAAGGCAUUGGAAGAAAUAACCUUCCUCGACUGAUAUAUGCCAUUGGAUUUGGACAAUUGUUUUUACUGGCAUUUAAUCAGUUUUUCAAUAAAGGGAAAUCCUCAGAUUGCAGCAAAGUCUUAUUUAUUAAAACAGUGGCCAUGUUUUCUGCCUGGAGCUCAACAGUCAUUCUUCUGUUGGGAAAGCAGGGGCCCUGGAUUGCUUUAGCAUUCCUUAUUGGAGGUUAUUGCAUAAUGAGGCUGGAUAACAUAGAACUGGAUGCCAAAGAUGGAGGCAGUUGGAAUACGUCGCUUGAUCCUGUCCCUGUAACUCAAUGGAGCCUUUUUGCUGUGUGCCUGUUUUUCUGCACUGGUCAUUGGUGUGCUUUUGACGGCCUCCGAUACGGUGCUGCAUUUAUUGGGUUCGAUGAGUUCGUCCUAGGUCCCCAAGCAAUCCUCCUUACAAUGGACACAUUUGGUUUUUCUCUCAUCCUUCCAAUAUUUGGACUUCCAUUUCUUGUUGCACGCCUGGGUCAGACCGAGAAAGGGAAGAAAUUCAUGCUCACGCGACUAUCUCUAGUGUAUAUGAUUUAUGGGGUCAUCACGGCCACUUCGGUCACAGCCACUAUAAUAUGCGUUACAAUGCAUAGGCGGCAUCUAAUGGUAUGGGGUUUAUUUGCUCCUAAGUUUGUUUUCGAUGUGGCUGGUCUUAUCCUCACGGACAUACUCGUUUGUGUGGCGUCACAUUACUAUUUCAGUCGCGUAGAAGAUGAUGAUGAUGCUCUACAAGACCCGUUCAGCGAAAAAUAGAAACCAUACAUGUAAUCAACUGAAAAUUUUUGUCCACAUUUAUUGAUUGAUUAUUGUAGCUAUUCAUUUGAGAUACCAAAUGCAUAGUCAUAGUUGUAUUCGUUUAUUUAAACAGGAAUAAAAAAAGGUCGUACCCAGUG